UUCGUAGGACUACCAACAACAACCUCCUGAUGACUACUGGCAACGAUUCCGGCGGUGCUCAGCCAAUACCUCCCGUCAAGCGCACUGAUUUUCCCCAGGAUUUUGUAUUUGGCUCUGCAACAUCGGCUUAUCAGGUCGAAGGUGCUUGGAAUGUACGCGGUAAAGGCAGGAGUAGUUGGGACGUUUUCUCAUUGUCGAACCCUGCUGGAAUUGAAGAUGGAAGUAAUGGUUGUACUGCUAUUGAUCAGUAUAAUAUGUUCAAGGACGAUGUGGAUUUGAUGAAGAAAGUGGGUUUGAAUUCUUAUAGAUUUUCAAUUUCAUGGACUAGAAUAUUACCAGCCGGCAGAAUAUCUAAAGGCAUAUCCCAAAAAGGAAUUGGGCACUAUAACGAUCUAAUUGACGCACUCUUGGCCGCAGGCAUUGAGCCCUGCGUAACUCUAUUCCACUGGGAUGUUCCUGAAUGUUUGGAACUUGAAUAUCAAGGCUUCUUAAGCGAUAGAAUUCUGCAAGAUUUUUGUGAAUUUGCUGAGGUCUGCUUUUGGAGUUUCGGUGAUCGAGUGAAACGUUGGAUAACAUUGAAUGAGCCAUGGGCCUUUUCUGUUCAAGGAUAUGUGUAUGGUAGAUUCCCCCCUAAUAGGGGUGCAACCGCAACUCAGGAUGCGAGCGUUAUGAGUCUGAUAAACUUCCCUAUACAUAGAUCAACAAGUGGGACUCUAAUUCUUACCAGUGAAGGAAAUCCAGGAACAGAACCAUAUAUUGUGGCACACAAUUUGAUCCUUGCUCAUGCAAAUGCUGUUGAUAUAUACAGGAAAAGAUAUCAGGAAGCUCAAGGAGGCCAAAUAGGAAUGACAAAUGUCUCAAUUUGGUAUGAGAGUCUUACCGAUGCAGAUGAAGAUAAAGACGCUGCUUCAAGGGCGCUCCAGUUUACUCUGGGAUGGUUUUUAGAACCAUUGGUAAACGGUGCCUAUCCACCAGCUAUGCAAGCAAAUGUAAAAGAUCGUCUUCCUAAAUUUACAGAUGAUCAAAAGCUGCUCGUGAAAGGAUCAUAUGAUUUUUUAGGCAUAAACUAUUAUACUGCUAAUUAUGCUAUGAAUUAUGUCAUUAACGGACCACCAAAUUACGUGACAGAUCAGCAAGUUAAGUUUUCGAUUGAUCGCAAUGGAGAAAAAAUUGGUAAAAAGGCCGGUUCCGAUUGGUUGUACAUUGUUCCAUGGGGAAUUUACAAUGUCAUGCAAUAUGCAAAGGAAACAUAUAAUGAUCCUAUCAUUUACAUUACAGAGAAUGGAAUGGAUGAAAAAAAUGAUAGAUCCAAAAACAUUACAAGUUAUCUUGUCGAUAAUGGAAGGAUUAAUUAUCACAAUGACCAUCUUUGGAACCUUAAAGAGGCAAUGAACAACCUAGGUGUUCGUUUGAAGGGUUACUACAUAUGGUCAUUAUUUGACAAUUUUGAAUGGGCUGCGGGAUACACGUCUAGAUUUGGUAUUUUCGCAGUAGACUUUGAGAAUGGUCAUUUGACAAGAUUCCCAAAACACUCAGCUCUAUGGUGGAUGAAACUCCUUAACAAGAAACAAGAUAAAAAAACUGAAGGAGGGCCUACUGCGAAAAGGCAACGAAUUGCAGCUAAUUAAGUGUAAAAGUCCUGCUUAAUCCUCUUCUUCUGUAAUGUCUUGUCGAAUAAGGCACGGAUGUCAUGUUACUCGGUUUGUUUCCUAAUUUUCCUGUGUGCGCUGAAUGUUUCAACUUCUUUAAAUUGGCUUUGAUGAACAUAAAACAUUCUACGUCAAAAUAGAAUGUUUUUUUGUUUAAGAUGUUAAAAUAAUUCCAGUGUCGGGCUGUGUGCCCAUAAAGUAUUGCUGUAAUGGAUUGAUAUUUUGUGGCAUUAAAUAAAUAUCUAUGUUGGAAUA